CUUUUGUGCAACUGAACAAAAAGACGAAAUUCAAUCAACCCCAAAUUCAAAAUUGAUCAGCGAAACUGAAGAGCAACAAUGGUGAAAACAGUAGUGGGAGAAGAAACCCGCCUUCAAUUAGCCGAAGAUCGUCUUGCUCAAUCCGCAAUUCCUGCGCAGGUAGGGUUAGUGAUAGGCAAGCUCAAUUCCAAAUUAGAUCGAGGGUUUAUCUUUGAUUUAGUGCCAACACCACCAAAUGAUGCCGGAGAUCCCCCAUGUUCCAUCACUGAUCCUCUCAAAGGUGGUGGCGAUAAGAAGAAAGGUUCAAAGCCCAAAUCUUCUGUCGAUUCUUCUUCACUCGCUAUCGACAAGGAUUGGGUCACAGAGCACGCUCGUCAGGUUUCGCGGUUGCUGGUAGGCGGUGUUAAGGUCGUUGGUAUAUAUGUAUGGGUUGGUGAAUCUUCCUUCAAGAAUUCAACUUUAGCACUUUGCCAGACUGUUAAGGGAGUAGCAGAUGCAACACCAUUAUUGGAAAAUGGUUCUGAUGAAAUGUUGCUUCUUCACUUAUCUUAUAGCCCUAGAAGGUGGACAUGUCGAAAUUGUUCCGUGUCUUCAAAUAUAACAUCCAAUAGCCUUCGACCUUGUGAUUUUAAAUUGGGAAGGGUUCUCAAUUCCCUCCAAACUUUUCGGUGCAUCUACAAUUUUUUUAUAAGGUGGCCAGUUUAUCGUGAAAAUCUAUCAAAAGCCAAAAUGUUGAAUGAUGUCUUGCUUGAUGGAAUUUCAAAUCAUGUCAAGGAGUUAAAAGGAGCAAAAGCAGUCAUUGAUGGUAAUUUGGUUGACGUAAUUACGGAUGAGCCUUGCACAUCUGGUGGCGUGCAUGAAGUUGAAAUGCUUUUGCCUUUUAUGAGAGACGCGUCAUUGGAAGCCAGCAGCCAAAAGGGAGUUGUUGGUAUUCUCGUCUAUUCUGGUACAGUGUGCUCAUAUUCAUAUCUAAACUCAAAAGAAUCUAUUUCACAAGCAGUGGCUGAUAUAAAGGAAGAUAUCAUCAGGAGUUUGAGAAGUAGAUUGGAUAUGAUCUCCGAUGAGGCUGAUAGGGAAACUGCUGGAGCUUCUGAAAAUGGUUCUGAAGCAAACAUAGAGACGUCCAGCAUAGAAUCUAUCUACCAGAUUAUCCACCAACCCUUGAGAAAGCAAUGCAUACUUCCAUUUCCACAGAGAGUCUUCAUACCUUGGCUGGCAGGCACUUUCAUUUGUGACUAUCUUUUGCCAACUGAGAGUUUUGAGGCCCUUAAAGAUCACUUUGUUGAGUUGCUGGCAAUGGAAGUUCCUGAAGACACCUCAACAUUUUUGCAAGCAGAAAAGGAGCUGCCAAGUUUGACUGCCAAAUCAUUCUGGAAUGUAGCGGCCCCUUCAUGCCCAACAUCCAAUGCUGCUCGUAUUGAAAGUAGGAGCAGGAAUGAUAUUAUGAAGAUUAAUCCGAAAAAAUCAACUGCUAGCAACUUUAACGUCUUAUUUGCUGGUUUCAUUCUGCUAAUUGCAAUUUUAUUGAGUUCACUAUUCUAUGCAAGGAGCUCUAACUGAAGGUGUCGGAUCACCAGUAGAAGAGUUCAUUUUUCGUUACAGUUUCAAAUUUAGAGACCCACAAACUGAAACAACUUGCAGCAAAUGGAGCAAAACAAGUUAUAACAUUGGUUUAUGAUAGGAUUUGUUCAAAGAUUUCUUCAGUGGUUGUUUUAGUUCA